CUCACAUGAGUGGAAUCUUGGUUUCAGGAAGACAAAACGGACUGGCUGCUUUUAAAAACCUCAGUCAAGAGACGGGAUACUUGACAACACACAGCUCCUCCUGUAAGUCUCUGCUGCUGGGGUUUACAUGUCCCUGUACUCUUCCACUGAUCAGCCAUGUCUGUGUCAAAGAGCUCCCUCCUGCCUAAGACACUGCGCCAGCACUACCUCUCGCUCCCCCAGGGCAAGAAGUGCCAGGUGACGUACGUGUGGAUCGACGGCUCUGGAGAGGGCCUGCGGAACAAGACCCGAACCCUGGAGGAAGAACCCAAGGGCGUCGCUGAUAUCCCUGAAUGGAACUUUGAUGGCUCCAGCACAGACCAGGCAGAAGGCUCCAACAGCGACAUGUUUCUCAUCCCUGUCUGUAUGUUCAGGGACCCCUUCACCUUGGACCCCAACAAACUUGUCAUGUGUGAAGUUCUCAAGUAUAACCGCAAGCCUGCAGAGACAAACCACCGUCACAAAUGCAAUCAGGUGAUGGAGAGGGUAAAAGAUGAGCACCCGUGGUUUGGGAUGGAGCAGGAGUACACCCUCCUAGGGAUAAAUGGACACCCAUACGGCUGGCCAGAAAAUGGCUUCCCUGGGCCCCAGGGACCAUACUACUGUGGAGUGGGAUCUAACUGUGCCUAUGGCAGAGACAUUGUAGAGUGCCACUACAAGGCUUGCCUCUAUGCCGGAGUGAAGAUCUGUGGCACCAAUGCAGAAGUCAUGCCCUCACAGUGGGAGUUCCAGGUUGGUCCAUCUGAGGGGAUAGACAUGGGAGACCACCUGUGGAUGGCCCGGUUCCUGCUGCAUCGAGUCUGUGAGGACUUUGGAGUGGUGGCCUCUCUGGACCCCAAACCCAUGAAAGGGAACUGGAAUGGCGCUGGUUGUCACACCAACGUCAGCACGGAAGCAAUGAGAGGAGAGGGGGGACUGCUACAUAUCGAAAAUGCCAUUGAGAAACUCAGCAAACGACACAAAGAGCACAUCUUUGUGUAUGAUCCUCGUGGUGGCAAGGACAACCGGAGACGCCUAACUGGCAAGCACGAGACAUCCAGCAUCGAGGAGUUCUCUGCUGGCGUGGCUAAUCGCGGGUCUAGUAUCAGAAUCCCACGACAGGUCGGUCAGGAUAAAUGUGGGUACUUCGAGGACAGGCGGCCUGCCGCGAACUGUGACCCGUAUGCGGUCACUGGCGCCAUAGCUCGCACCUGCUUCCUGGAUGAAACGGAAAAUGAUGAAGAGGCUUGAGGAAGUGCAGGGGCGUAUAAUGGAGGAUGGUACUGUCAACAGUCCAUUAAAAAUAAAACAUGAAUUAAACUA